AUGGCUCACAGCAAGGGGCAAUCGUUUCGUUCUUUCUCUUACGAGGAAGAACUACAGAGAGCAAAAGGGCUGAAAGAGGAUUUGGAUAAAGGAGGCUGGCGUCAAGUGCACAUGAGCCCCGGUGCUUGUUACUGGAUGAAAACAUUUUAUAAUGAUGAGGUUCCUAUUAAGAGUCUCUUCACGUUUGACAUGCCAAUGCCCGCCGAAAAGUUCGUGGAAAUGUUGAACCCAUCCAACCAGGAGAUUCGCAAAAAGUGGGAUGAAGUAUUUAAAGAUCAUGUUAUUUUAGAAGCUUACCCUGACAAUGGCGGUUACUUAACCUCAAGCCGAAUAAAAACGACUUGGCCGCUAGCAGAUCGGGAAUUCCUGUUGUUCAUACCCCCCGUCAUACAAGUUGACUGGUAUGGGAAAGAAUCGUGGUUUAUCAUUCAGAAAAACGCUUGGCACCUAUCAAAACCCGAGGGCGAAAAUGGUCUGGUGAGGGCAACUAAUGGUGGAAACUUUUACAUUGUUACACCAGACGACGAACGACCAGAAGCGGCGUGUAAAGUGUUCAGCCUAACAAACAAUAACUACAACGGCAGGCUGCCCAAGACAAGGAUGGAAUGGAUGCUUAGCCGGGCUGUUCCGCGAGGCUUCAAUGGGCUGCGAGCAAGCAUGAUCAACGGCUACAAGAAGUAUUUCCAAAACGCACAAGAGUGA